CCACCAUGUCACUCAGAUCGGGCUGGACGGCUAAACAACGCCGGAACUCGUCUAGGCUACAGAUACUCACGGACUGGAGCGAUGGCGGACCUCGACGAAGCCAUCCGACUAGGACGAGAAGCCAUCGAUGCUACCCCUCUAGAUCAUCCGGCCCGGGCCGGAUGGUUGAACAACCUCGGAAAUCAUCUACGUAGUAGAUACUCACGGACUGGAGCAAUGGCUGAUCUCGAGGAAACCAUCCGACUAGGACGAGAAGCUAUCGAUGCCACCCCU